AUGGCCACCAUCACCGCUCCUCCGGCCGCUCUGCAGCCACGCGAGCACGCGAGGCCGGGCCGCGCGCUCCGGUCAGCUCCUCGUGCGUGGAGUGGGAGGAGGAGGUGCUGCCAGGUGAUCAGAGCCACGGCGAGCUCCCGCGGCCGACCCGCGGCGACGGGCAGCGGCCAGCUCGAGAGCACGGCGCUCGGGGCGUCGGCGGGCGGCGAGGAGGGCGACGUGAUCCGUAGGCUGCAGAACGGGCCGGACGUGCGCGGCGUGGCGCUGGAAGGCGAGAAGGGCCGGGCCGUGGACCUCACGCCGCUGGCCGUCGAGGUGAUCGGCGAGAGCUUCGGGGAGUGGCUGCGGGAUCAGCGGCGGGAGCGGGAGGGCGAGGACGGGGAGCAGCUGCGGGUGUCCGUCGGCCGGGACCCCCGGCUGUCCGGGUCGCGGCUCAGCGCGGUGCUGUUCGCGGGGCUGGCCAAGGCGGGGUGCGCCGUCUUCGACAUGGGCCUCGCCACCACGCCGGCGUGCUUCAUGAGCACCAUACUGCCCCGCUUCAGCUACGACGCGUCCAUUAUGAUGACCGCGUCGCAUCUCCCCUACACCCGCAACGGGCUCAAGUUCUUCACCAAGCGCGGCGGGCUAUCCUCGGUGGAGGUGGAAGGGAUCUGCGACCGCGCUGCACGCAAGUACGUCGCGAGGAAGAUGGGCCUCGGCGGCGGCGGCCUCGGCAUGCCUCCGGUGGUCAUGCGCGUCGACCUGAUGAGCGCCUACGCGCAGCACCUCCGGGACAUCAUCAAGGAGCGCGUCGCCCACCCGACGCACUACGACACCCCGCUGGAGGGCUUCAAGGUCAUCGUGAACGCCGGCAACGGCUGCGGCGGGUUCUUCGCGUGGGACGUGCUGGAGAAGCUGGGCGCCGACACCACCGGCAGCCUGCACCUGGGGCCGGACGGCAUGUUCCCGAACCACAUGCCCAACCCGGAGGACGCGACGGCCAUGUCGCUGACGCGCGGCGCGGUGCUGGCCGGCGGCGCUGACCUCGGCGUGGUGUUCGACACGGACGUGGACCGCAGCGGCGUGGUGGACGACGCGGGGGCCGCCAUCAACGGGGACCGCCUCAUCGCGCUCAUCUCCGCCAUCGUGCUGGCGGAGCACCCCGGGACGACGGUGGUGACGGACGCGCGCGCGGGCGACGGGCUCACGCGGUUCAUCGAGGCGAGGGGCGGGCGGCACUGCCUGUACCGCGUCGGCUACCGCAACGUGAUCGACAAGGGCGCGCAGCUCAACGCGGACGGCGUGGAGACGCACGUCAUGAUGGAGACCACCGGGCACGGCGCGCUCAGGGAGAACCACUUCCUCGACGACGGCGCCUACAUGGUGGUGAAGAUCAUCAUCGAGAUGGUCCGGAUGAGGCUGGCGGGGAUGGAGGGCGGGGUCGGCGGCCUCAUCCGGGACCUCGAGGAGCCAGCCGAGUCCGUGCUGCUGAGGAUGGACAUCGUGGGCGAACCCAAGAGCGCGAAACAGCGGGGCGUCGAAGCCGUCGAGGCUUUCAAGACAUACAUCGAGGAAGGGAAACUUAGCGGUUGGGUGCUGGAUGAUUGCGGGGACUGCUCGGUUGAUGAGGGAUGCCUUGUGGACAACAACGAUCAUCCAAUCGACGUUGACGCCUACAUGUACAGAGCGAAGUUCUAUGACGAGUCUCAGAGACCGCUCGGGUGGGUUCACAUUCGCCAAAGUGUUCAUAACCCCAACAUAGCACUCAACUUGCAGUCAUGUGUUCCCGGUGGUUGCAGAUCCAUGGCGGUGGAUCUAUUUGAGAGGUUUUUGUUGACAAGUGGAGUAAAUGAGUUCGUUGACACCAGCGAAGUACAGAAAUUUGUGAAGUAG